CGGCGUUGAGCUUGCUUAAUGUGCGUAAUACUGCGUAUGACGUCAACGCGCCGGUUGUCAUGGCGGCAGACUGCAGACCAGGGAAGGAAGGUGUGAAGGCUUUCUCGGUUACCUAGGAGACUUGAAUACAGUAUGGCUACCUGACAGCACAGCCCGUGGAGCCGAUGGGGAGAGAUGUCAGUGCUCUGCUGACCACCGACCUGUAUUGUCACACAAUGAACAGAUAUAAAAUAAUAAGUAAGAUCGGGGAAGGGACUUUUUCUGAAGUUUUGAAGACUCAGAGUUUGAAAGAUGGGAAUUUCUACGCGUGUAAAAAGAUGAAACAGCAUUAUAAAAGCACAGAACAGGUUAACAACCUGCGCGAAGUCCAAGCACUGAGGCGCCUGAGUCCUCAUCCAAAUAUACUAAUAUUAUAUGAGGUUGUCUUUGACAGAAAAUCCGAGUGCCUCGCGCUAAUAUGUGAACUGAUGGAUAUGAAUAUUUACGAGCUGAUCAAGGGAAGAAGACAACCGUUACCUGAAAAUAAAAUAAGAAAUUACAUGUACCAGCUUUGCAAAUCCCUUGAGCACAUCCACAGAAAUGGGAUCUUCCACAGAGAUGUGAAACCAGAAAAUAUUCUGAUUAAGCAAGACAUCCUAAAACUUGGAGAUUUUGGGUCUUGCCGUAGCGUGUUUUCCAAGCAGCCGUUCACAGAAUAUAUUUCAACCCGAUGGUACCGGGCCCCCGAAUGUCUUCUGACCGAUGGCUAUUAUACUUACAAGAUGGAUAUUUGGAGCGCGGGCUGUGUUUUCUUUGAAAUCACCAGUCUUCGACCGCUCUUCCCUGGAUCGAACGAGCUAGACCAGAUAUCCAAAAUUCAUGAUGUCCUGGGUACGCCAGCUCCUCUUGUGCUGAGAAAGUUCAAACAGUCAAGAGCAAUGAGUUUUGAUUUCCCGCACAAGAAAGGCGCAGGCAUCGCAAAGCUGCUACCCAGUAUUUCCGCAGAGGGUUUAUCCUUAAUGUGUGCGAUGCUGGAGUAUGAUCCGGACCAGAGAAUAAGUGCCAAGGAAGCUCUGCAGCAUUCCUACUUUACAGAAUGCAGAACUUUAGAAACACAAACCCUGCAUCGUAAACUAAGAAUAGCAGAGCAAUCAAAGACCGCCGACUCCACCAACUAUCUGCUGCGGAUCGCAGGCCGGGGCCGGAGGCAGGUAAACGUUCGCACCCACGGCACACUAGCGCUGAAGAUCCUACCGGAACCGGUUACUCGGCAUCACGGACCUACCUUUCCAACGGAGCUGCCAAAGCUUCACGUGUCUGAAUUGGGCAAAACCCUGACCUAUCCGGCACUCAAGUUCCAGUCUGUGUUUCCAACCCCUGCACAUAACGGAAAACUCCCACUUAUACCAAGUAUCAAGUACUUUGAUGCCAAGUUUGAAAACCAGCACCAUAUGAAAACCACGUUGAAGCCAUACCAGUUACCCUCCAUUGACCGAAAAGGCGGCGGGAUCUGACUCAGUAGCAGUAU